AUGAUUGCGUCAUACGCAUUUAGAAGGUCACCAUCCUGUUGGCCGUUGUCUCAAGUUUCUGUUCAAAAGUCUAGAGGGCUUGCCAGUUUGGCCAAUUUGGGUCCCAUUAUCGAGAACACAGUAGAUGUAAACUCGCCCGAGUUCAAGGAAAACGCUGCUGCCCAGGAUGCUCUGGUAGAACAGCUUCGUCAAGAGGUGGACAAGAUAAAACGAGGGGGCGGCGAAGAGGCACGCAAGAGACACCUUUCUCGAAAGAAGCUUCUCCCUCGCGACCGUAUUGACACCUUGCUGGAUCCAGGGUCUCCUUUUCUGGAAUUAUCGCAAUUUGCUGGGUACAAGCUCUACGACGACGAUGUGCCGGCCGGCGGUAUUAUCACGGGUAUUGGACGUGUAAGCGGGGUAGAGUGUGUCAUUGUUGCCAAUGACUCGACUGUAAAAGGGGGAACCUACUAUCCUAUCACUGUCAAAAAACAUCUCAGGGCUCAAGAGAUCGCCAGAGAAAAUAACUUGCCUUGCAUUUACCUAGUUGAUUCUGGAGGUGCCAAUUUGCCAAGACAGGCCGACGUUUUUCCAGAUCGAGAACACUUUGGAAGAAUCUUCUAUAACCAGGCUACAAUGUCGGGAGCUGGAAUCCCGCAGAUCGCGAUUGUACUAGGGUCAUGCACUGCUGGAGGGGCAUAUGUGCCGGCUAUGGCAGACGAAAGUGUGAUUGUCAAGAAUCAAGGAACCAUCUUCUUAGCAGGACCACCACUUGUCAAAGCCGCCACAGGAGAGGUGGUUUCUGGGGAAGAGCUGGGUGGUGCAGACUUGCACUGCAAGACGUCAGGAGUUACAGAUUACUAUGCGCAUUCCGAUGAACAUGCUUUGAAUCUCGGACGGCAGAUUGUAGCGAAUUUGAAUUAUCAAAGAAAUCCCAAGGUCACAUUAACUGAGCCUGAAGCACCCCUCUACCCGCCGUCUGAAAUUGGUGGUAUUGUUGGCGAUAAUCUUCGCAAGCCAUUCGACAUGAAACAGGUGAUUGCCCGUAUUGUCGACGGAAGCCGGUUCAGCGAAUUCAAAGAAUUUUAUGGCACAAGCUUGAUCACCGGUUUUGCGCGCAUUCACGGUUUUCCCGUUGGAAUUGUGGCCAACAAUGGAAUCCUUUUUUCAGAGUCCUCCUUGAAGGGGGCACAUUUUGUUCAACUUUGCAGUCAGCGGAAUAUUCCGCUCGUUUUCCUGCAGAACAUCACAGGAUUCAUGGUCGGAAAGAACGCUGAAGCUGGUGGCAUUGCAAAGAAUGGAGCAAAAUUCGUGACGGCUGUCGCAUGCGCAAACGUGCCCAAGUUUACGAUUUUAUGUGGAGGUUCCUUUGGUGCAGGCAAUUACGGCAUGUGUGGGCGUGCCUACAGUCCGCGAUUCCUAUGGACAUGGCCUAAUUCCCGUAUAAGCGUCAUGGGAGGCGAACAAGCGGCCAAUGUACUCGCGCAAGUUACUCGUGAUAAUAAAGAGAAGAAGGGACAAACGUGGUCUGCUGAGGACGAGGAGGCAUUUAAAAGGCCUAUUCGUGACCGUUACGAAGCGGAAGGACAUCCUUACUUUGCAAGUGCCAGGUUAUGGGACGACGGCAUUAUUACGCCUUCAUCCACCCGUGAUGUUUUGGGGUUGGGGCUGAGUGUCGCACUGGGUUCACAUGUUGGAGGAACCCGCUUUGGGGUGUUUAGAAUGUAG